AUGCCCUUCAACGCAGAAGCAUACGACCUAAAAUGCCGCCAAAUGUCCAACGAAGCCCUCAUCGCCCGACGAUCCCACUAUGUCCGCCAGCUCGCGGGCAGCUCGACCGCAACAGCGCUCCACACUGCAGCGGGCGCAGUCACCGCGGGGCUCAGCUGGCUCAUGGUCCCCUACGACGCGGCGCGCAUCCGCAACGCGCGCAGGAAACGACGGAUCCUCGAGCGGCAUGCCGUCGAGAGGGGCCUGGCGGUGAAGACGAAGAAGGGGGACUUAUUGGUUCCGAUGGCGCUUAGCGUGACGUUUGGCGCUGUCGCGAUCGAGGGGGCCGAGGUGUGUGCUGAUGUACUGGUGGGGAGCACCGGCGGGUCGUCUUCGAGCGCGGCAGCAGCGACGGCGGCGCACGGUGUUGUUAAGGGGGUUGCUCAUGUUGGGCUUGAUGCUGGCGUUGCGGCGGCUGAGCAUGCGCAGGCCAAGCAAGGAAAGAUUGAAGUUGAUGAGAGGUUGAUAAGAGGAAGUGGACGAGGUGGUUCAAUGAGUGAGGAAUCGAAAAAGAAAUGA